AUGGUCGAUACGGAACAUACAGUAUUUUCAUCAGCUUCAUCAGAUUCUGGUUUAGGUGGUGUCGAGAAUCGAAAACUUAAUGAACCUAAUCAAAGUGCUCGAAGUUUCGAUGAUGAUGAUUUUCAAUUACCAGCAAAUUGGCCAGAUUAUGAUUUCGAACGAAAGAAAAGUUGUCUUUUCAGUCGAGUUUUUUCGACUUGUGUAACAAAAGCUAUUAAUCAUCUUGAAUUAGUUCAAAAUGCUAUUGAACACAAAGAUAGUCCAACUAGAAAAGGAGCAACAUAUAGACGUGAAAUACGUUUUACACAUAAAUCAUCACCAAUGGAACUGCAGAUAAUUGGUCAAGGCGGUCAAGUUGGUCAUGAACAUUCACAUCAUCAUGAAAUACUUGAAGAUGAAAUAAUUGAUGAAGUAUUAUUACUUUUAGCACGACUUGAUCGUGAACGUUUACGUUUAAUUACUCUAUGUGAAAAUGAACAAUUUAUUCGUAAUCGAUUGAGAGAAAGUAUUGAUCAUUGGCGAUUAAAACGAUUACGUGAUUUACCUUUGGCUGUACAACGAGAACAUGAAGUAUGUAUUAACGAUAUCAAUGAACUACAAUGGCAUAUUACUUACAAUGUUAAAUUAGCUGAAAAAAUGUCUGCAAAAAUCGAAAUAUCUCGAACAUGGCAUCAACAACUUGAUAUUGAAGUUAGUGAUAUUCGUCAAACAACUGCUUUAAUGGCUGAAAAAGUUCAAACAGAAUUAAUUGAAAUCAAAAGACUUACUGACGCAUUAAAAGAAACCGAGCAUGAAUUAAUGUUAAGUCGUGCAAAGAAUGCUGAUACAUUAGAUAAAUCAGCUCGUGCUAAUCAACGUGCUACUGUUGAACGAAAUGAAAUACGAAGUGAACUUGAUAAAACUAUCAAAGCACUUCAACAAAUAACAACGAAAUUACAUACAGCUCAAGAUCUACAUAAAACUUAUUUAAAAACGAUAACUGAUGCAAAAGAAAAUGUUAAAAAAAAUACAGUAGCUUAUAAUGAAGAAGUCAUAAAACGAGAUGCUGCACGAAGUGAAAUGUCUGAUCUUAAACUUAAAUUAAUGGCACUUCAAAGUGAUCGUCAAAAUAUUCAAUCUGAAAUUGAACGAUUAAGUAUUAAUUUAGAACGAGCUCGAUUAGAAGAAAAAGCUCGUGAUGAUCAACGAAAACAAGAAUUAGAAGUAUUACAAGCUAAUGCAUUAAAACGUGAAAGUAAACUAGAAAAAAUCUUAAAAAAAACACGAGAAAAAUCGAUUAUUAUCGAUGAACAUGAACGAAAAUUAGCGAAAAUUAAUGAGCAAAUUGAGCGUCAUCAAAAAACAAUAACACGUUAUGAACAACAACGUAAACGUGAUUCUGAAAUGUUACGAACAGUGAUUGAAAAUUUACAACGAGCUGUAUUUACCAAUGAAUCUAUUACAGCAGAUAUGCAACGUGCAACUGAAAUACUUCAAAAAGAAGAAGAAGAAAUAAGAGAUGCGAUGGAUGCAGUACGGCGUCAAAUUGAUGAUGAAGGAGUAAUGAUUGGAAAGAUUGAUGAACAUUUACUUACUGAUCAACAAGAACUUGAUACUAUUACUAAUGCAGAAGCAAUUCGAGCUGAACAAGCUGAACGUAUUGAAACGAAUUUACAAGGAAAAUUUGAUGUAUUAGCAGCAGAUGUUACAGUCUUAGAAGCAGAAGAUGUCAAAAUAAAAGAACAUUUAGCAAAAGUUAAACAACUUUUACAUGAAACAAAUGAACUUUAUAUGAAAGAUAAAACUGAAUUAGAACAAAGAAAAGCCGAAAUUAGUGAACGACAACAAGCAGCUUUGGCUACAGCAAAUGAUCUUGGUACUAAACUCGAUCAUAUUACCACUCAAACAGCUUAUUUGAAAAAACGUAUAGAAGAAAUGACUGAAUCUCGUAUUAUGAUGGAAACAUUAACAAUUAAAAUUCGUGGUGAAAUUCAAACAGCUGAAUCAGAAUUAGUUGAUGUUAAAUAUAAUCUCACUUUAAUUGAAGCUGGUGAAAAAGAAGUUGUACGAGUUUUACAACAAUGUUUACAACGACAAGCAGCUACUGAUAGUUUAAAUAAACAAUUAUUUCAAGAACGUUCAAAUUAUCAAUCGGAGAAAGAAUCAGCUAUUGAAAAAGCUCUUGCACUUAAUACAGAAUUAGCAAGUGCUUAUAGAGAUUUAGUAUAUACAUAUUAUGAAAUCAAAGGUUUUUUAAUGGGUAAAUUAGAUGAACGUUCUGAUGCUGUUACACGAGUUCGAGAUAGAAGACAAUUAAUUGAAUUACAAACACGACUUCAUGAUGCAUUAAAUCUUUAUCUUGGAAUUAAAAAUGAAUGUGAUGAACGUCAAAUUCAUCGUUUAAAUCGAGAAAGUCAUAAAAAUGGUUUACAAGUAAAUCAAAUUCAAGAAACAGUACAAACUGCUGUUGAAAGUAUUACGAAAUUUCUUGACGAACAAGUCGAUUUUGAAGCUAUACAUCAAGAAGCGAUGCUCAAAGUACACAGAGAUGAAUUAAAAGAAAAACAAACAGUGUCUGGAUAA